UGGCGCAAAAGUGAGAGAUCCUGCAAGAUUUUCCACAAGAUCUUUGCUUUCCUAUCACCUUUUGGAAAAGGCAGACACGUUGCCCCUUUUCCCUUGAAUUACAAGACAAAAGACAAAAGACGAGGACAAGAAAGUAUAUAAAUGCAGUACAUCCUGUAUCACUGAAAAAACAUCCAUAGAAGCUCUCAUGCCUAGAGACGUUGAGGCAAUGGCUUCUUCCAGGGCCUUCCACAUGCUGGUUGCAUUACUAACAUUUUCUCUGCUGGUGUCUUCAAACAUUGCUGUCCCAAUUACAAGGACAGGGAGCCUAAUGCAUAGGCCUAGAGUUCAUUAUGCAAUCCCAGCAAAGGCGCAUGUGAUGAAACAAGGAAGAAAUCUGGAAGGUUCAGUGGUCAGCAGAAGGAUGACCGUGCAGCUCAACGAUUAUCCAGGGCCGGGUUCUAAUAACCGGCACACUCCGAAGGCAGAGUCUGGAGGAAUUUGAAUUGACUGUUAGCUCUCCUCUGUAUCAGGAGUGAGCAUAUUAGUCCCUACAUUGAGCAUAGAUUUUAAGUAUCAUGUUGCUGUGGGGAGCAUCAGCUUCCUUAAUGUUGAUCGUGUACCAGUAGAGAGAAUUCUUUUGUCCUGUGGGUGAGUGAAAGGUGAUCUAGACUUUAGAUUAGAAAUAGAAUACCAGGUUUCUGAGGUAAUUCUCGUGUUGUUGAAAUGAGGGGAAUGAAGCUAGUCUUCAGUAAUUGUUUAGUGUGAGAACGUGAAUGAUGUCAGCUAAGAGCUUUGCUCAGUAUGUUUCUAUAGAAGCCUAUAAAAUUAAUUCCAGAUUGUUAACGAGACUUUCUGAUC